AUUGACAUCAAUCGGACACAACAGACAGAGGUGACGAUUAUCCUGUGUUGGUCGCUGACAAUAAAACUUGGCGAUCAUUUUGGUGGUACGAUCCACAAAACGGAUGGCCAAAACACGAGACAGAUGUUCUAGGAGAUGGUACUUUGAUCCUGACAUACAGUUGUCACAUGCUGUAUGGCAAGCUAUGCACGAUCAGAAUGAGGUUCAAGUGAUGAAUGGUGGAAAUUGGACACAUGACACGCUUGCAGGGGAAAACCGCGUGCUGGGACCAAAGAUCGACUCGUUCUCCUACAAAGACAACAGCGGACUUAGAUCCGUCAUACUGGACGAUGACCUCUGCGCUUGUAGAGCCGUGCUCGUGAUGGGUCAAGCUGUCUGCUACAACGAAACCUCGAGGUCCGAUUUAGUUAACGUGGAGUUCCCAUACGGAGUCGCCCCUCUCACCAGCGAGCACUGUGACGUUGAUGACAAUCUCGCAUUAACGCUGUAUUUCUACGAAGACCAACGCGAGCGCCUUUCUCAAGGAGAAGACCCAGAGCAGCCCAACACGCAUGAGGUAGCACCGAUGGUAGAAGAGGAAAGCUUUGCAGCUUCAACAGUUCCGGCACGUUCCGGUCAGAACCCAUCGACGAGGAAAGACGGUCAGUCCGUUAUCGCAACUGGAACUAAAUUUGCCGGUGGGGUUCGAACAUCGACGUUACGUAGGGCAGCUACUGCGGGCGCGCCGCGAAACGUGCCACCGACGUCGUUAAGAGCUCAGAAAAAACGAAAACAGGGAUUAGCUGACCACCGGGUGCGUGGACAAAUUCACGGAUAAGCGGUUCCGCUACAAGCUCGAUUGCAAGGGAAGUCAAGACUCCGACAGAGACAGGUUGCCUGGGCAGGGCGCGGCGAUGGUAGUCCAGCGCAGCGCCAUUUCUUUGACAGUCACGAUGAUCAUGAUACACGGAAAAUGCUGUUCCGACGCCCCGCGGACUUCAGACGCGGCCGUUCCAACCCCGUCGAUUUCCGACGUUCCGCGGAUUUCAGACGCGGCCGCAAUAACGGCUUAGGGUUCCAAACCCCCUUCGAGCACCACUCAAACAGAUAUUAUCGUCUGCCCGCAUCAUUUUAACCUGUAUGAUACAGGCGGUAUGUUCCGCUUCACUACACUAUCUAUGAAGUGUAGUGAAGCGGAACCGGACCCGCCUGUAUCAUACAGGUUAGCAUCAUUUCAACAUGCGCCAUUUUUAACAGGCGUAGGCAUAACAAUACUCUGGUAGCACGAUUGAUAAACAUAAUAUGUGAAUACCGGUGAAUGGAUCAUCGUGCACUUAGGGAACUAUCUCAACCAUCUGAGAGACCUAUGUUUAUAUUAUGCGGAUGCUACAAUGUAUAUAUACUAAUGUAUAAUGUACUAUGUGUAUAUUAUGCUAUAUAUGAUAUGGAGGUGAAUAAGAUGUUCAGUUUAUGCCGAAGUCGCCUAUAUAACGAGGAAAAUAUUAUUCAACACUAAUUGAAAUGUUAUAUCACAGUCUCGUUACU